AUGGUAUCACCUGGACGCAACUCGAACAAGGAUAAGCCCAAGAAAUGGGAGCCACCAGUGCCAACGCGCGUGGGCAAGAAGAAGAAGCAUUCGGAUACGGCAGCUAAGCUCCCUGCCGUGUUCCCUACAACGCGUUGCCGCUUGAAAUUACUCAAGUACGAGCGUAUCAAAGAUCACUUGCUGCUGGAGGAGGAGUUUGUCACUAACCAAGAUCGCCUGAGGCCGAAGGAUGAUCAUGAUGAAGAGGAGCGAACGCGUGUCGAUGACAUUCGCGGUAGCCCGAUGGCUGUUGGUACAUUGGAAGAAAUUAUCGAUGACGAGCAUGCCAUUGUUAGCAGCUCAACCGGCCCUGAAUACUAUGUCAGUAUCAUGAGCUUUGUCGACAAAGACCUUCUAGAACCUGGCUGCAGUGUGCUACUUCAUCAUAAGACCAUGGCCGUGGUCGGCGUGUUGUCUGAUGACACAGAUCCCAGUGUCAGUGUCAUGAAGCUGGAUAAAGCGCCAUCGGAGAGCUAUGCAGACAUUGGUGGCCUUGAGUCCCAGAUCCAGGAAAUCAAGGAGUCAGUGGAGUUGCCACUGACGCACCCUGAACUUUAUGAGGAGAUGGGCAUUCGUGCGCCCAAGGGUGUGAUCCUGUACGGUGUCCCAGGUACAGGUAAAACGCUGCUGGCCAAGGCUGUGGCGAACCAGACGUCUGCCACCUUCUUACGUGUCGUGGGUUCGGAGCUGAUUCAGAAAUACUUGGGCGAUGGCCCGAAACUCGUGCGUGAGCUGUUCCGUGUAGCGGAUGAGCAUGCGCCCAGCAUUGUCUUUAUUGAUGAAGUGGACGCUGUGGGUUCCAAGCGAUACGACUCUACAUCAGGCGGUGAGCGUGAAAUUCAGCGCACUCUUCUUGAGCUGCUCAACCAGCUAGACGGUUUUGACUCGCGCCAUGAUGUGAAAGUGAUCAUGGCAACCAACAAGAUUGAAAGCCUUGACCCCGCCUUGAUCCGACCUGGCCGUAUUGAUAGGAAGAUUGAGUUCCCUCUCCCGGACCAAAAGACUAAGAUGCAGAUUUUCCGUCUUCAUACCUCACGCAUGAACUUGGACCCUGACGUAAACUUGGAGGAGUUUGUCGCGAUGAAGGAUGACUUGAGUGGUGCAGACAUCAAGAGCUUGACGACAGAAGCAGGUUUGUUGGCCCUUCGUGAGCGCAGGAUGCGCGUGACCAAGAAGGACUUUAUCACUGCCCGUGAACGUGUCAUAGAUCGAAAGAAUGAAGGCACGCCAGAAGGCCUGUAUCUAUAG